AGUCAUGCUUACAUAAAACACCAAAGAGAUUGUUGAGUAGGAAAUCCCGAAUACCGACCUUCAGCUCUCCUGUUAACGACACCGACAUACAGCAAGAAAUCUUUUGGGAUCCUCAUUCACCAAUUACACACAGACUAGGCAGUGGGAAAGCCAAACGGUCUACGAGCAGAUGCGCAGUAGAAAUUUCAGAAAUUGUUAAUCGUAUUGCUCCUCAGGAUGAAAAAGCAGCCUGUAAUGAAGGCUCCCUUCUAGGGACAUGGAUUGGUGAGGAUGCUAUUCCCUGUACACCUGGAGCAGUGAAAGUGCGAGCUAGGACAAAGUUAAGCUGUACAAGAGAUCUUAAAAUAAAAAAUCCUGAGGAGGAACUCAUGAAAUUGGCUAAGGAAUUUGAUAAAAAUCUAGUAGAGCUAGAUGCUGUUCAGGAACAAGAGAAGCUCAAUCAUGACUCCAUCCCGACUGCCUCAGAGUCUUUAAAUAAUUUAAAAGAUGAAGGAAAUACGAAGAACCUGAAAUCACUGCUUGGUGAAGUUGCCGAAACAGACACUGCUCUGUCCCUGAGGCCAGUUGGACAGAGCACUGGCAUCCCUGCUGCAGAGCCCUGUCAGUCUAGCAGUCAAAAGUCUGUCGACCUUGAGGCUGAAAUAGCCCUUCGUGCUCUUUUUGACUGCUCGACUCAGAAGUGCAGCGGACAGUUGAGCCAAGGACUGUCCGGUAUUUCUUUAAAUAACAGUUUCCAUGAAAAUAAAAGCACUUUGGAAGAGGAGCAAAUUAAAGACACGCAACAUGGUAAUUCAGAGGCGUAUAAAAAAGAGGCUUGGUGUGCAUUAGGAGGUGUGAACCAAACUUCUCCAAAACCUGAUACUCACACACUGACAAAAAAAGGUCCUUGUUCGUUGAAGACACAAUUGGUAGUCUCCAGUAAGCUUGCUGGAGUAGGUAAUGAUGAUUUGGAUGACUGGGAUACGGAUUUUUUGGCAGAUGACUCUUUUGUGAUGCAAAUAACCCAAAAUCCUGAAUUGAUAAGUCCUGAAGAAGCACCACCCGUUCCUACAAAUCCAUCUGCGCACAGUUUAAGUGAUGCCAGCAGAACAAAGGAAAGAAGUAGCUUCAGUUCAGUAACUUGUUUGGGGAAUGUACAGAAACCGAAGAGUUUGCAGUUUUCACCUUUGAAACCUCCCAGUAAAAAACCACAGAGUGUUGCAAAAUCUCUGUCGUUACAAAAGCCAUGCAGUAAGACAGAAAACUCCAGGACAGAGACUGUAGCCUUUCGUGGCAAGUCUGACGUUAAGCCGGAUAAAAUGAACUCUGUUUGGAAGAGUCCCCCAAACGGUGAUUUGAACUAUAUUCCUGUUUCAAAGCAAUCUCACAUUAAGAAUGGGAAUGGAAAUGUAAGUAUUCAGCCUAAAAGUGAUCCUCUUCCUCCUUUUCCUUCAAGAUCUAAUCCUCAUAGACAACGGACUGAAAAAGCUGGGAAUAACACCACAGGUAUUUUCUGUCAAUCAUCCACUGUUUGUACCAAUACCAAACCUAAUGAUCUAACUAAAGUGGUUAACCAAGCUAAUACAGGUCAUCUAAAUCAAGCUGAAAUACCAAAGAAAUGUCCUCUGUCAUUUGAUGACUGGAAUGAACCGAAAUUCUCCGAUGAGAUAUUGGAUAUGUUUUGUGAAUCCAAUAGUCUUUGGGAUGCAGACUGUGAGGAUGAUGAAUUGUUGUAUCAGGUAUGUGAUGAUGUAGAAAAGCAGACUCGGAGCCAGGAUGUUAAACAAGGAAAUGAAAGAGCUAAAACUGUACCAGGAACCAGUAUUAAUUCCAGGUCAAAUGCUGGUAGCAGCUCCCUGUCAUCUAAACAAGGACUGCCCGAUCGCCUGGUGGCACAAAAACCCAAUGCCAAACAGGACAGUCCCUCGCCGAGCGAUUCCUGUAGGAGUUCAUUGAAGGUCAUGCAUGGGCUGGCCACAGCGGGUCACAUAGUGAACUGUAAAAACGGCUCGAGUCCUCGGACUGUGAUCUCGGGUACUUCUGGGGAGCCUAAGUACGCGCCGUCCAAAAGCUGUCAGCAAGCUGCUGCUGAAGACACUGCGAAGAGUGUUUCAGGGAAAUGGUACAGGUCCCAUUCUGUGCCUGCGGGAGGGACUGGUUCUGAAGUCGGCCCUGUUAAUGCAGUAAACGUUUUUAGUAACAGAACACUGGACAGCCCAAAUCUUUUGUGUAAUGCAGGAAAGAUGCCAAAUAACAGUUGUGGUAACAAAACAUCAAUUAUGCCUUCAAAGUUUAAGUUCCGAAAGACUAACAUUUCUCAGGAUGCUCUUCAUCUAGGGUCUGAAAAUCCAGGGAGUCAUUCUGGCAUUGGAAUUACCCUGCAGGGCUUGGAAGGAAGCAAGAAUCAGGUGAAUGUGGCUUUGCACAGCAAGGUUGACAACAAGAAGUCACCUUUCAAGAGGCACCUUUCAGAGUCUUUUGCACUGCCUACAUCAGUGUCUGUGGUGGAACAGAAAAAUAGAAAAUGUUCUCAAGAAGAGAUUGAAAGAAAAAAACAAGAAGCUCUUGCAAGAAGAAAAUCCAGAAUGCAGGCGUUCUAUAAAGAUGCUUGA